GGUCCCCGCGUCGCUCGCGCGCUCUCCAGGCGCACGCUCCGCCUCCGUCAGUCCGCCCGGCUGUCUAGUGUGCGGCGUGGAGCGGGAGCACCGCGGGACGCGCUGCCCAGGGCUGGGACUGCGAGAUUGGCGCCCGCCGCCGGGCGAGGCCUGAGCCGCGAUGGCAGAGAUGGGCAGCAAGGGGGUGACGGCGGGGAAGAUCGCCAGCAAUGUACAGAAGAAGCUCACUCGCGCGCAGGAGAAGGUCCUCCAGAAACUAGGAAAGGCGGAUGAGACAAAAGAUGAGCAGUUUGAACAGUGUGUCCAGAAUUUCAACAAGCAGCUGACUGAGGGCACGAGGCUGCAGAAGGAUCUCCGGACCUACCUGGCCUCUGUCAAGGCCAUGCAUGAGGCCUCCAAGAAACUGAACGAGUGUCUGCAAGAGGUAUACGAGCCUGACUGGCCGGGCAGGGAUGAAGCCAACAAGAUCGCAGAGAACAAUGACCUGCUCUGGCUGGAUUACCACCAGAAGCUGGUGGACCAGGCGCUGCUGACCAUGGACACAUACCUGGGCCAGUUCCCAGACAUCAAGUCGCGCAUUGCCAAGAGAGGACGGAAGCUGGUGGACUAUGACAGUGCACGGCACCACUUUGAGUCCCUCCAAACUGCCAAAAAGAAGGAUGAAGCCAAAAUUGCCAAGCCUGUCUCGCUGCUUGAGAAAGCCGCCCCCCAGUGGUGCCAAGGCAAACUGCAGGCUCAUCUCGUAGCUCAAACUAACCUGCUCCGAAAUCAGGCCGAGGAAGAGCUCAUCAAAGCCCAGAAGGUCUUUGAGGAGAUGAAUGUGGAUCUGCAGGAGGAGCUCCCGUCCCUGUGGAACAGUCGUGUAGGCUUCUAUGUCAACACAUUUCAAAGCAUCGCGGGUCUGGAGGAGAACUUCCACAAGGAGAUGAGUAAGCUCAACCAGAACCUCAAUGACGUGCUGGUCAGCUUGGAGAAGCAGCACGGAAGCAACACCUUCACGGUCAAGGCCCAGCCCAGGUGUUCCCCCCCCCACCCUGGGGGUGAGAGCCAAGCACCCCCUCCUCAACUUUUGUGGCUUUGUCCUCCUCGGUUGCCUGGGUGUGACUAACUGUGGCUUUGUCUUGUCUGUCUCCCCCAACCCCCACACUCUGCUGCGCCUCCCCGUGCGGCCCCCUCACCCGCCGCCGACCCACAGCUCCGGAAAGGCCCACCAGUCCCUCCGCCUCCCAAACACACCCCGUCCAAGGAGGUCAAGCAGGAGCAGAUCCUCAGCCUGUUUGAUGACACGUUUGUCCCCGAGAUCAGCGUGACCACCCCCUCCCAGUUCGAGGCCCCAGGGCCUUUCUCGGAGCAGGCUAGUCUGCUGGACCUGGACUUUGACCCCCUCCCACCUGUGGCGAGCCCUGUGAAGGCGCCUACGCCCUCUGGUCAGCCAAUUCCAUGGGACCUCUGGGAGCCCACAGAGAGUCCAGCUGGCAGCCUGCCUUCCAGGGAGCCCAGCGCUGCUGAGGGCACCUUUGCGGUGUCCUGGCCCAGCCAGAUGGCCGAGCCAGGUCCUGCCCAACCAACAGAGGCCUCAGAAGUAGCGGGUGGGACCCAACCUGCGGCUGGAGCCCAGGAGCCCGGGGAGACGGCAGCCAGUGAAGCAGCUUCCAGCUCCCUUCCUGCUGUGGUGGUGGAGACCUUCUCAGCAACUGUGAACGGCACCGUGGAGGCUGGCAAUGGGGCUGGGCGCUUGGACUUGCCCCCGGGGUUCAUGUUCAAGGUGCAGGCCCAGCAUGACUACACAGCCACGGACACAGAUGAGCUGCAGCUCAAGGCGGGAGACGUGGUACUGGUGAUUCCCUUCCAGAACCCAGAAGAGCAGGAUGAAGGCUGGCUCAUGGGCGUGAAGGAGAGUGACUGGAACCAGCACAAGGAGCUGGAGAAAUGCCGGGGGGUCUUCCCCGAGAACUUCACCGAGCGGGUGCAGUGAGGGCAGCUCUCUGGGCGUGUGAAGAACACCUUUUCCCGGAAAAUGUGUGUUUCUUUUCUUUUGUUUUUUUUUUUCCGUUUUUGUUUUUAAACUUUUGAAAAGCGAAGGGAAAUGGAGGGGAGAGACUGCAGUCGAGAGGUGUUCUCCCAACGAUGGGGUGGUUUUCCAAAGAGCCUGGUGCCGGCAAGUCCAGCGGAAUCGCCAGCGUUCCUGAAGCUGCUGUGUCCCCUAGUUGAGUUCCUGGCUGCCCUGCCCUGCUCCCCCCAGGGCGACGCCGCAUGUGUGCCGGCCGCAGGGGCCGGGGCACUGAGCCACCAUGCUUGCCUGAGCUUCGGCCCCGCCACCCGGGCACGGCCUCCCGCCCUGGCAGCUGCUGGGGUGGGCCCGGCCCGGUGUCUCCAGUGACCUCAGGGCCCAGACGCCAGCCUGGCCUGGCCCUGCCCCGCAGACCGUCUGUGUGCUGUUUGAAAAUAAAUCUUAGUGUUCAAAACAAAACGAAACAAACAACAGAAUUGACGAAAA